AUCACACUUUAACCCCAUAAUUUGUGUGGUACGACAAACCUAAACAAGAUACUUAAAUUAUCUUUGUUUUAAUGUGGGUACAUACGUAAUUGAUAUUUGUCUCCAAAUAUCUUGUACCCAAUUCUUGAUUUCUUCUUCAAUACUCAUUGCUAAACAACAAUGGAGCUUCCCUGGUAUUCUUUUCUUGUUCCUCUGUUUGUCUUCAUUUUCCUCCUCCAUCAAUGGUUCUUUAGUACUUCAAACACCCAAAAAAGAUUAUUACCACCAUCUCCAAGAAAGCUUCCAAUCAUAGGAAAUUUGCACCAACUGGGGCAGCAUCCUCACCGUACUCUCCAUAAACUGUCUGAAAAAUAUGGUCCUGUCAUGCUACUUCACUUGGGCAGUAAGCCAGUGCUCGUUGCUUCUUCGGUUGAAGCUGCUCGUGAUAUCAUGAAAACUCACGAUCACGUCUGGUCAAACAGACCUAAAUCUAGCAAUGCUGAUGGACUCCUUUACGGCUCCAAAGACGUGGCCUUUAGUCCCUAUGGUGAAUACUGGAGGCAAAUUAGACGUGUCACCGUGCUUCAUCUUCUCAGUAACAAAAGAGUCCAAUCUUAUAGUGAUGUGAGAGAAGAAGAAACAUCAAACAUGAUUGAAAAAAUUAGGCAACAGUGUGAUUCUUCGAAUUCAGUGAUAGACUUGAGAGAUCUUUUAAGUUGUAUGACAAAUAACAUAAUCAGCAGAGUGGCCAUAGGGAGGACAUACAAUGAAGGGGAAAGUGGAAUAGCUGUCAAGGCUCUCGUAGAAGAACUUCUAGAACUUUUAGGUAUUUUUAACAUUGGGGAUUAUAUUCCAUGGCUUAAAUGGGUCAAUAAAAUAAAUGGUCUGGACACCAGAGUGAAGAAAGUAGCUAAAGAUUUGGAUGCAUUUCUGGAGACCGUGAUUGAAGAACGUGUGAUUAGGAACAAGAAAGAAGAACAUAGAGCAGGUGAAGCUAAAGACUUUGUGGACGUUUUGCUGGAAAUUCAGAACGGAAAAGAAACUGGAUUUCCUCUUCAAAGGGAUUCAUUGAAGGCUAUUCUACUGGACUCGUUUAUUGCUGGUAUUGAUACAACGACUACAGCUUUAGAGUGGGUAAUGACAGAGCUUUUGAGGCAUCCAAGAGCCAUGGAAAAAUUACAUAAUGAAGUGCGACAAUUAGCGCAAGGGAAAGCGGAGAUAAUAGAAGAUGACUUAGCAAAUAUGCAUUAUCUGAAAGCAGUGAUCAAAGAGGCUCUUAGGCUUCAUCCACCUGUUCCGCUACUAGUUCCUCGAGAAUCAAUGGAAGACGUAAAAUUACUAGGCUAUCAUAUACCUGCUAAAACUCAAGUCUUUAUUAAUGUUUGGGCAAUCGGAAGAGACCCAUUAUCAUGGGAUGAUCCAGAGGAGUAUCGGCCUGAGAGAUUCUUAAAUAGUGAUAUUGAUGUUAAAGGACUAAACUUUGAGUUAAUUCCGUUCGGGGCUGGCAGGAGGGGCUGCCCAGGAAGUGUUUUUAGUAUUGUGGUGAAUGAGCUAGCAUUAGCAAACCUGGUGUACAAUUUCAAUUUUGCAUUACCAGAAGGGAUAAAAGAGGAGGAUUUGGAUAUGACGGAAUGCACUGGCAUCGCUAUUCGUAGAAAAUUACCUUUACUAGCAGUGGCAAUUCCAUGCUAUUGAUAGGCCGAAGGGGAUGCCCAGGGUCCCAAUUCGCCCUCACUGUUAACGAGCUUGCAUUGCCUGAUAAAUCAAACACGAAGGAUCUGGACAUCAUGCAAUCGACUGGCCUGUCUGUGCAUAAAUAUCCUUUGGCAGUUCUUGUGAUUCAUCGUUCUUGAUAGCAAGCCUUUUUUGUUCAACUUCUCUUGUUAUCAAUUUACAAGUUUCCAACAUUAAAAGCUGUCAUUGGAUUUGGAUUAGUUUCUUUAACCUUUACAGAUAAACAAAUUUAUGAUAACAAGUUAUACAAAUUUAUAACUAUUGUAGGCUUUAAUGAGAAAAAUAAGUCUCAAUGCUGUAAAAACAAAGGCUUUUUUUAAAAAAAAAUUGCCUGCAGACAUAUGCAAUCGUGAGACUCGUGUAAAGCAUGUGCUGUAUGUUACGUUAACUGUGCUAUCCUUUCUCUCGGAUAUCAUAUCACCAAUUCUUGGAUUUUCUUUUCAGUUCUUCAUUGAGUAUUCUUAACAUUUAAGAUGUAUCCUUGAUGUUAUACUCGUCUUCGCGGCGAUCUCGACUCUUGUGACUAAAAUUUUCUGGUCUGUAUCGUUACCUUUCUGUAACUCUCUUUUGAUUUUCUUUGCCAUCUUUUGUCCAUUGAUUCAUUGGAUCAUACACUUGAUACUGGUAAUGCUGACUGAUUGUAUGUAAUUCUGGAACUCUUCUCCGUAUUAUUUUGUUCUGCUAACAGAAAGUAGUUGGUGAUAUUGGUCUGUGAAUAGACAUUUCCCUACUUUUAGCACUCAAGCCUUUUGAACUUCUUGCUUAUGUUAGAGGAAACGUAAAAGAAAGAACACAAAAUUUAACGUGGUUCGGAUCAAAGUGAUCCUACGUCCAUCAGAGAAUAACUGCCUUUAUAUUAUUAUCAAAGGAAGGGGAGAUUUCCCAAAUACACCUAAGAAAAUUGCUCUCAAC